CUUCCAAAUUUCCUGCAUAAAUUAUUUUCUCAUCUGUCCUUGGGAAACAAUUCAGAAAGUUUUCCUUUCUCGUGAGACAAAAAAACAGAUUCCAUUUUCAAAUUUUCCCGGGAAAAAAUGAGAGAGAUCCUUCACAUACAAGGUGGACAAUGCGGCAACCAAAUCGGAGCCAAGUUCUGGGAGGUGAUCUGCAACGAGCACGGGAUCGAUCCCUCUGGAAAGUACGACGGCGACUCCGAUCUUCAGCUGGAGCGGAUCAACGUCUAUUACAACGAAGCGAGCGGUGGAAGGUACGUACCACGCGCUGUCCUGAUGGAUCUUGAGCCGGGAACCAUGGACUCCAUCAGAUCCGGCCCUUUCGGACAGAUUUUCCGACCGGAUAACUUCGUCUUCGGACAAUCCGGCGCCGGUAAUAACUGGGCCAAGGGUCAUUACACGGAGGGAGCUGAACUGAUUGAUUCGGUUCUCGAUGUUGUUAGAAAGGAAGCUGAGAAUUGCGAUUGCUUACAGGGGUUUCAAGUUUGCCACUCGUUGGGUGGAGGAACUGGUUCUGGCAUGGGAACGCUUCUCAUCUCCAAGAUCAGAGAAGAGUAUCCAGAUCGUAUGAUGCUCACGUUCUCGGUGUUCCCAUCUCCUAAAGUCUCUGACACAGUCGUGGAGCCAUACAACGCUACUCUCUCUGUUCACCAGCUUGUGGAGAACGCUGAUGAAUGUAUGGUUCUGGACAAUGAAGCUCUCUACGACAUCUGCUUCCGCACCCUGAAACUUGCCACUCCUACUUUUGGAGAUCUAAACCACCUGAUAUCUGCAACCAUGAGCGGUGUAACAUGCUGUCUUCGUUUCCCCGGUCAGCUCAACUCCGACCUCCGCAAGCUCGCGGUCAACCUAAUCCCCUUCCCGCGUCUCCACUUCUUCAUGGUCGGUUUCGCGCCUCUCACAUCCCGUGGCUCCCAGCAAUACCGCGCCUUAUCGGUACCCGAACUGACCCAACAAAUGUGGGACGCCAAGAACAUGAUGUGCGCAGCUGACCCAAGACACGGACGCUACUUGACCGCAUCGGCGAUGUUCCGUGGCAAGUUGAGCACCAAAGAAGUGGACGAGCAGAUGAUCAACGUCCAGAACAAGAACUCUUCUUACUUCGUCGAGUGGAUCCCCAACAACGUCAAGUCCAGCGUCUGCGACAUUCCUCCUAAGGGUCUCUCGAUGGCGUCGACUUUUGUCGGUAACUCGACUUCGAUCCAGGAGAUGUUCAGGAGGGUGAGCGAGCAGUUCACGGCGAUGUUUAGGAGGAAAGCUUUCUUGCAUUGGUACACGGGAGAAGGAAUGGAUGAGAUGGAGUUUACUGAAGCAGAGAGCAACAUGAAUGACCUUGUCGCUGAGUAUCAGCAGUACCAGGAUGCUACAGCGGAUGAGGAGGAGUAUGAAGAGGAAGAUGAAGAGCUCGAGGCUUGAGAUUUUUUUAGAUUGUAAAUUGAGUUUGUUUUCGUAUUUUACUGGCUUUGAUUGCUCUUUCUCUUGUUAAAAAGGUUUUGUUUGGGUGUAAAUUGUAAUGAAAACUAAUUUGUGGGUGUUUCUGUAAACAUUUAUCUUAUUUCGGUGGUUUUACAAAAUGUUAAAACUAAAAGGACUACAUGCAUAAAUAUAAUAAGAUUGGGAAGUUAUAAAGU